CGUUAACAGCUUUGUUUCUAUCUCAACACCAGCAAAGCGUGCGACGUGCAAGUGCAGCUCCAAUAAACCACGUCCCAGUGCAGUCGUAAUCCAACGUGUGAAACAACGGUUGACACGAGGGUGUAAAUCUCCACAGCGAGCAUAGUUAUGUACACGACUCAGAGAGAGUUUCUUGAUGACGGGAGAUUUUCUUAACAGAGUAAAAGUAUUUUCAACAAAAUCUAAGAAGCGAUGUGAACCACCUGUUGUUUCUUCUUGGUUGGGAUAAACAACCAUCGACUCAUCAAAGCAAAGGAUGUCGAUAAGACACAACAGAUUCCUCCACCUCUUGGACAGAACAGAUGUGGAAGCAGCCACUUUUGUCGGAACUAAAGACAGGAUUUUCCCAAGAAUCUCAUCUGGCAAAUUGCUGAUCAAAUCUCUAGACGAAUCCAUACCAAAUCAAUUGCGGAACGCGUUUGCAAUUAAACCAACCAGAAGCAAAGAUGAUCCUUCGCAGGGAAAGAGAGGGUAUGAGACAAACUUUUACGACGCCUGAGGAGACGAGGGAGAUCCAGAAAGCUUUGGGUAGAACAACUGGUCCGGUUUUGUCAGCACAUAAGAAUCUUAUAGCUCAGAAGUUAGCUGAAGAGGAAGCUGAGAAAAAAGCUAAAGGUCAGGCUAGAAAGGCGAAACAUUUGGUUGCUGAGAAAGGGCAUGUUAAACCUGCAAACUAUUUGGAAUCUCAUGAGAAGGUUCUUAUUGGUGUUGCCACUAAAGGAGGUAAUGGUUAUAGUUCAGUAAACAAGGCUCAACAUGCUGAGAAAGGUUUGAAUGCUUCAAGGUCAAAAGACUCUAAAGUGUUAAAGAAGAGAAGAAAAGAAGCAUUCUUCUCAGAGUUAGGAAAAACAUCCAAAACAGAUCCCAAGGCUCAAAAAGCUUCAAAUUCCACUGAAGAAGAAGCUCCUGCUUGGGCUCCUCUACGUGAUAAUUACAUGUUAGCAAACCCAAAGCUGAAAGACUGGGACAAAAAACAGGAAACAAGCGAGGGAGAUGAUUUUGCCGCAAUGUCUGGAGAUGAGAGUUAUGAAGACUGA